GAAGUUGCCUUGUCUCUUCCCACUCUCUCAGUAGUCGUACACGGACACACACCAACACAAACACCCAACACCAUGAAGCCUGAGAUCACCACUGUACAAACCAUCCAGGUCAAGAACGGAUCGUCCGACAACAAAAACAUGAUGAACGGGUCCACAGAGAUGUUGAAGAAGGCUAUGAGGAGCAGAACCAAGUCGUGGCAGGAGGAGGUGCAAGAAACUGACAUCGAGGUGCCCGGGACCCCUAAAGCCCCUAGGACUUCGACCACCCCAGGUCACGAGAAGUGCACAUUCCACCAUGACUUGGAGCUGGACCACCGACCACCUACAAGGGAGGCACUUCUGCCUGACAUGGCUCACAGCUACCGCAUGCUGCUGGGCUCCUUAGGAGAGAACCCUGACCGCCAAGGACUCCUGAAGACACCUGAGAGGGCUGCCAAGGCCAUGCUCUUCUUCACCAAGGGAUACGACCAGUGUCUUGAAGAUGUUCUGAAUGACGCUGUGUUCGAUGAAGACCACGAUGAGAUGGUGGUUGUAAAGGAUAUUGAAAUGUUCUCCAUGUGCGAACACCACCUCGUGCCCUUCUACGGCAAAGUCUCCAUUGGCUACCUUCCUAACAAGAAGAUCCUUGGUCUGUCCAAGUUGGCCAGGAUCGUCGAAAUCUACAGCAGGAGGCUUCAAGUACAAGAGCGUCUGACAAAGCAAAUUGCGAUCGCAGUCACCAAAGCAGUUCAACCCAUGGGCGUAGCCGUUGUUGUUGAGGGAGUACACAUGUGCAUGGUUAUGCGAGGUGUGCAGAAGAUCAACUCCAAGACUGUCACCUCCACCAUGUUGGGAGUGUUCCGUGACGACCCUAAGACCCGCGAGGAGUUCUUGAACCUGGUUCAGCAACGCUAACUUCCCUCUCCACCUCCGCACAACGACCUCCCGCCAAGUAUUAUCAGAGACAAUAACACACUCACACAAGUGACCAACAAAACAUUCCUGUCUUUCAAUUGCAUUUAAUUCAAAUUCAUUUUAACAAGGAAAAUACUCGACCAGUGAUGGCUUUAUAAGAUUAAUUUUAAGAGUUUUGAUUGUUGAAGUAUUUAAAUUGUUUGUAUUUUUAGAUAGGUAUAUUUUUAUAUUUGUAGUUGUUUUCACUAUUUCCAGUUGUAAUGGAAUUGUUUGCGUAUGAUUGAGGACCAACCUAGUUCUAAGCUGAUAGUGUGCAGUUGUUACGAUUGUUAUUAAACAUAUAUUUUAUGGA